AUGCCGGCCGAAGGCGAGCCCGCGGAGCCCAUGCAAAGGGGCGUUUGGUUUACCGCCAAGCAGGCCUGGGGCGACCUCUUCAUCUGGAAGCAGCGCGUCGUCGUCACCAACGAAUAUGGCGAGGAGCGCACCGAAUGGCAGAGCCCUCCCCCGCUGCAGAACCCCUUUACGCUGUUCGCCCAGCUCAGCCUCAAGGACUGGGUCUUCUUCCUGGUUGGCAUGAUUGCGUGGACCGCCGAUGCCUUUGACUUCCACGCCCUGUCCAUCCAGACUGUCAAGCUGUCAAAGUACUACGACCAAUCGAAGACCAACAUCUCCACCGCCAUUACCCUCACCCUCCUGCUGCGUUCCAUCGGCGCCGCCUUCUUCGGUCUCGCCGGCGACAAGUUUGGCCGCAAGUGGCCCAUGGUUUUGAACAUGAUCAUUCUUGGAGUCCUGCAGAUCGCCACCAUCUACAGCACCACUUUCAACCAGUUCCUGGCCGUCCGUAGUUUGUUUGGUCUGUUCAUGGGUGGCGUCUAUGGAAACGCCAUUGCCAUGGCGCUCGAGAACUGCCCAGUCAACGCCAGAGGCCUGAUGAGCGGUAUCUUGCAGCAGGGCUACUCCCUCGGCUAUGUCUUGGCGGCGUGCGCCAACCUCGGCGUUGGAGGCGCGACGGACAGCUGGAAGACGGUCUUUUGGAUCGCAGCGGGCAUCUCCAUCGCCGUGGGCAUCGUCCGCAUCUUCUUUCCGGAGUCACAGCAGUUCAUCGAGGCGAAGAAGGCGGGCAAGAAGGCCAAGGCGCCGGGCGCCUUCUGGCACGAGACGAAGGUGAUGCUGGCGCAGGAGUGGAAGCUGUGCAUCUACUGCGUCAUCCUGAUGACGUGGUUCAACUACUACAGCCACACGUCACAAGACAGCUACACCACCUUCAUGCUCACCCAGAAGGAGCUCGACAACAGCGGCGCCUCGCGCGCCUCCAUCCUGAUGAAGGUCGGCGCCUGCGUCGGCGGCACCAUCGUCGGCUACCUCUCGCAGUUCGUCGGCCGUCGCCGCGCCAUCGUCGUGUCCGCCCUCAUCUCCACCUGCAUGAUCCCCGCCUGGAUCCUGCCCGAGGGCGAACGCUCCCUGUCCGCGUCCGGCUUCUUCAUGCAGUUCUUCGUCCAGGGCGCCUGGGGCGUCAUCCCCAUCCACCUCAACGAGCUGUCACCCCCUGCGUUCCGCUCCAGUUUCCCUGGCAUCACCUACCAGCUCGGCAACAUGAUCUCCUCCCCCUCGGCCCAGAUCGUCAACGCCAUCGCCGAGAAGACGUUCGUCAAGAUCGCCAACGGCGACAGCGUGCCCGCCUACGGGCCCGUCAUGGGCAUCGCCACGGCCAUCAUCGCCGUCGGCAUCGCCGUCACGACCGCGUUCGGCCCGGAGAAGAGGGGUCGCCACUUCGAGGCUGCGAAGGUGGCGGGGGCUGUUGAGGAGCCGGUCAAGGAUGUUGAGGCUGGGUUUGGGAGUUUUGCGGAGCAGGGGGGCGUGGGGACGAAGGAAAGUGGGGCCGAGAAGAUCGAGGUGGCGGAAUACGCGAAGCCGGUGGGAGACGAGGAGAAGACGAAGGAGGAGGACAACAAGGAGAUAAAAGUUUAG